AUGGAUUCUCCAUUCAUUACCCACAAUGAAACGGACUUUAGCCUGUCGGUGGAGAUUCCGGUUGAGAUCCCGGUGAAGAUUGUGAAUAUUCCCUGGAGGAACAACAACCUCACCACCCUCACCACGGACUCUCCACUGCCGGAGCAAGCCAAGCUUGUGAUUGGACUGUAUCUUCUGGUCAUAGGUUGGCUGGCUUGGUUGGGGAAUAGCUUGGUUAUAUUUGUUUUAUACAGGCAGAAAACCUCCCUGCAACCCACAGACUUCCUCACCUUAAACCUGGCCAUAUCCGAUGCCUGCAUCUCCGUCUUCGGAUACUCCAGGGGCCUUGUAGAGAUUUUCAAUAUCUUUCAGGACGAUGGCUUCAUCAUAAAAUGGAUUUGGACCUGCCAGGUGGACGGCUUCUUUACGUUACUGUUUGGGCUCGCGAGCAUCAACACCCUGACCGUCAUCAGUGUCACUAGAUACAUCAAAGGAUGUCAUCCCAACAGAGUGUACUGCAUCAGGCCCAGUACCAUCAACAUUUCCCUGCUGUGCAUCUGGGCCGGAGCCUUCUUCUGGGCCAUGGUCCCUCUCGUCGGCUGGGGCAGCUACACAGACCGCGGCUAUGGAACCUGUGAGAUCGACUGGAUCAAGGCCAACUACUCCACCAUCUACAAGUCCUACAUCAUCUCGGUGCUCUUCUCCUGCUUCUUCAUCCCCGUGCUCAUCAUGCUCUUCUCCUACAUCUCCAUCAUCAACAUGCUGAGGAGCAGCUCGGCCAUGUCUGCAGACGGAUACCUCACCGACCGCCAGAGGAAGAUGGAAAGGGACGUCACCAGAGUCUCAGUCGUCCUGUGCACUGCCUUCACGGUGGCCUGGGCGCCGUACGCCGUGGUGUCCAUGUGGUCGGCUUGGGGCUACCCGGUGCCCACCACCGCCAGCAUCCUCACCCGCAUGUUCGCCAAGUCCGCCAGCUUCUACAACCCCCUCAUCUACUUCAGCAUGAGCUCCAAGUUCCGCAAGGAAGUGUGCUCCCUGUUCCCCUGCACACGCCGAAAACGGGACACGGUCCGCCUCUGCAGCUUCAACCACCUCUGGCCAAAGGACACAGCUGCUGCUGCCGCCGCCGCCGCCACUGCUGCUAGCGCUACCGCUACCGCGACCGGCAUCUUCAUCCCUUCCGCCGCCACCACGGGCCAGUUCUACUACCCCCAGGGGGAGACAAAGUAUGCGGUGGGGCAGCUGCUGAAUCCCAGCCUGCCCACGGGGGUGUUCAGCCGCCAUCAGGUCACCCCGCCGCCCACCAGGAAGGAGAUUAGCUCUGUGUCUGUGUCUGUGGACGCGGACGCUCCCGCUCCCUCCACCGCUCCCGGUCCCGCGGCCUCCGAGCAGCAUGCAGAGUAUGAAACCGAUCGACUUUAAAAGCUCUAACAGGGGUUUUACCCCCGUUGUUUUUUAAAGACAUGAUAAUAACAACAGUGCUUGAUGUGUGUUUGUGUAUGAUAUCUAUGUGUUGUUGUACAGUGUGUAAUGACUUAUCACUUGCUGCUGAAAGUAAAAUAUCUAUCUGUUU